CCGCCGCUCGCGCCUCCCGCCGCGAUGUCCCGCCGCGGGCCGGAGCCCGACAGCGGAGCAGAGUCCCUCUCUUCAGAUGAAAAAGAGCUGGUGGCCAGCAGUGUGGAGGGAGAGGGCUCAGCUGAGGAGCACCCAGCAGGAGAGGAGAGUUGUGAAAACAGCUCCAGCAGUAGCUCGGAAGAGGAGUCAGAUGCAGAGGAGUCAGAUGGCAGAAGGUCGGAUGAAGAACAGGAGGAGGAGAAGGAGUUGCUACCAGGCUGCAAUGAAGCAGGAGUGAACUGUCUGCCACCUUGUGAGCACUGCAGAAAUGAAAAUGACCAGAAGGAGCUAGUGACCCCCAGGAGAUUUGCUGGAGGACAACAUGUGGUGCAGCUGGAUGCUGAGGGGACGUACCAGUGCAGCCUCACGGGCUUGAUUUUUGAGGUGACGGGGGCCGUGAAGAUCACCUAUUCCCUCUUGUCCUGGAGCAAGUACGCCAGCCUGGUGGAGAAGCCGUGGAUGGUGGGCGGCCCCCUCUUCGACGUGCGCUGCGACUCGGCCCCCGCUCUCACCUCCAUCCAGUUCCCCCACUCCUUCUGCCUGGGUGGCGAUGGUGCUGGCAUGGCCUUCAAGGUGUUGCACAUCAAAGGCCAGGGAGCCGCCAUCGAGCCCUCCGUCGACUACUCGGCCUCCCACGUGAAGUGGCUGGUGAGCUCCUUGUCACCUGUGGGACCCCUCCUCCAGGGCCCCGAGCCCCUGCACUACCACGGCGCCGUCAUCCUCUACAAGGUGGUGGAUGAGCAUCCCUCCUUGUCCUUCCGGGUCUACGUGGCUACCAACAACGACUCCUUUAUAAAGGAUAUCUCAAGAGCCGUAAAACAUUCAAAUAAGAAAUUUAUUAAAAUUGACAAGCCCCCUGUCUGCCAGAAAUUACUGCAGAAAGGAAAGAGAUAUAGAUUAGUUUGCGAGCCAGAAGCUGAAAUAACUCCUGAGGAAAUUGAAUUUGUUGAUGGAUCUCUCUUGAAACUGAAAAGUUACAUUGAAGUUUAUUUGGAGAAGCCUGAUGACUUCACCUUGUCUUUGGUUGAGCUGGAGUCUGAUGCCACCGUAUGGAAAGCAAAACUGAGAGAGAGUGACUGGAUUCAUUACGAUCAGAACAAAAACAAGCAGAAAACGAGCACAGUCAGUGUCAAAAAACGGAAACCAACCUCCAGUAUUUUGGAAGAAGAUGUGCUCUGCAGCAAAAAACAGAAGACUGGCAACACUGCAGACGGAAUUGAAACAAAGAGCUUGACUGACCAGCAGCUGAUGGUGGUCGCCAAGCUGUUUGGUAGGCAGUGGAGAGAAAUUGCCAUUGAGUGUCUUCAGAUGGAAAUGAAAGACAUUGAGCAGAUCCAGGCAAUGGAGGAAGAGGUCAACAUGCAAAAAUUUCGGGUGUUAAGCAAGUGGAGGGACCGAGAGCAGAGCAAGGGCACAGCAGCAGCUCUGCACAACAGUCUCCAGCAAAAAGCACCCUAUGAGAUACUGCAGGUCCUGAAAGGUUUCUCGGCUCGGAGCUGAGCUGGUGAAGCCGCAGCUAGGAGAGGAGCACAGUGGGAGCUUCCCUGGAAUCCUGCUGGGAUUUGGGAAGGCAGAUGCGAGGCAUCGUGUCUCAGCAGAAGGUUUCAGCAGGAUCUUCACAAGAAAUGUGAAAGAAAUUUUGUGUGGAUAUAAGCACACGUAAGACUUUCAUCCUCAGGUGGCGGAUCCCAGCGCCGCAGCUGGGAAUGCCGAGCUUCCCAGACAGGGAAUGCCAACACUGCCUCUGGCUUUGUCUCAUUUGAGCCAAUCCUAAAAGACAUGGACACUGGGAGAAACCACUUUACCUUGUUCAGGUAGAUGAUUGAUAUCUGGGAACAUUUUUAUUGACAUCAGGGAAAGACAGGGAGGAAAGUGAAGCAGAAACUUUAGUCCCCCCCAAAAUACUGAGCUGCAAAAAUCAUGAGGUACGUCGGAUUUCUCAAGGAUGCCCAAGAUCAGGGAAGAGUAAUCCUAAACUUGCAGAUAAAUUCCUUGAUGUAAUCACUGUAUAUAUACAUAAUUACUGUAUAUACUCCUGUACAUUCAGUCCUUGUUAAGCUGUGGUUCUGUUUGCUAAAAACCUUGAAGACUGGUUUUGUGGGAGCACCACUAUUAACUCCAGGCAGCUUUGAAUUGUCCCUGGGAAUUCCUUCUCCACUCUUUUCUGGAUAGUCUGUCUCAAUUUUUACGAGAUAAUUUUUUUUUUUUUACGUUGUGUAUUUUUUUUUUUUGUAUGAUACAUUUUCUAUACUUUUUUAAAACAGUUUUUUUUCCACUUGAUCCAUUUUAACUGGAAUAGAAUUAGGUGCUGAAAUGAAAGUGGGAGACGCCAAGAAUCUCUGCGAAGGUUGUGACUUUGUUGGCAACACACAAAGGGUUGGACUCAAGGAAGUAAGGGAUUCCUUGGAGCAUCUUCCUCUCUGUAUGUUUAUGAAAGGAAAAGCAUACUUUUAAAAAAUAAGGAUUAAAAAGGAAAAAUUUACAGUACUUGCA